AUGAAUCAGAUUAUAUUAUUUGUCAUUUUGUUAUGGCAAGUCAUGUCAACAAACUGUCGGCAAUGCACUUCGUCUGAAUCGUGUGUAUUAUUAUUGGAUUGUCCGGAACUCAUGUUAGGCACUAAAGCAAUGCGAGAAAGCAGCGAAUGCAAUGAGCCUUUCAAAUAUUGCUGUCCAACCUUUGUGAAGACGCGGAUAACAGAGUCAGCUGAGGAAGAAGACAAAUUUCCAAAAGAUUGUGGAUCAACGCCUUGGUACGAAUCCGACCGAGUAGUUGGUGGUCGAGUGAUCGAGCCCGAUGAAUUUAGCUGGUUAGUUAGUUUGGAGUAUGCUGAUUAUGAAGCCCCCGCUGGAGUCUGUGCUGGAUCCAUUGUCAACUCGCUUUACGUGGUGACGGCAGCGCAUUGUGUGUCUGACAGAAUGGUCGACUAUUUUGGGGGUCUGAAAGCAGUGCGUGUGGGCAACUUUACUAAUGGGUUAAAAUGUGAUUUUGGUACUCCAGGUUGUCAGCAAUAUCAACGCAUUGAAGUCGACGAGAUUAUUGUGCAUCCGGAUUACAUCGUGAAUAGCAGAGCAAGAAUGCUGAAUGACAUUGCCUUGGUGCGACUGCAGAGAAAAAUCGAGUUUACCAGCAUGCUGAAGCCCAUUUGUCUGCCAUUUGGCAAUAACCCCAACAUACCUGAACCAAGUUCCACCAAUCAAUUAAUGGUCAGCGGCUGGGGUCACACAUCGUCCCGCCGCGACGACUUGGCAAAGCGUGCUGUCUCUGUGCCAUUAUGGACUAGAGAAAACUGUCUCCAAGAUGUGCGUAGGGAUGAGUCACAGAUCUGCACAGGUGUCACCGGGAAGGGUGCAUGCCAUGGCGACUCUGGAGGUCCAGUCAUGUAUCAGUUUGAAAGCAGACGCUUUGUCCUCGAGGGCAUCGUUUCGUAUGGCGGUCGUGAAUGCGCCACUCCAACGUUUCCCAGUGUUGCCACUCGAGUGCGCAGCUUCGGCAAUUGGAUUGAGAAUAGAAUGAGAAUGAGUUAG